GUCACAGUGGACUCAUUGCUAAAGCUUUCCUAUCCAACACUUCCACUCUGAGCAAAAUGGCCUGGGAAUAUUUUGGAUUCUCCCGCUCCUUAGAAAACCAAAGGAGUCAAUCUCCCACCACCCGCAUCAACAAUGCAGCUGACAUCUCUGUUAUUGUCAUCUACUUUCUGGUUGUCUUGGCUGUGGGAAUUAUUGCUAUGGUCCGCACCAAUCGAUCCACUGUGGGUGGCUAUUUCCUCGCAGGGAGGAGUAUGGUGUGGUGGCCAAUCGGAGCAUCGCUCUUUGCCAGCAACAUUGGCAGCGGCCACUUUGUAGGGAUUGCUGGUACUGCUGCAGCUGCUGGAAUUGCCAUUGGUGGAUUUGAGUGGAACGCUCUUAUUGUUGUCGUUAUUCUGGGAUGGCUCUUUGUGCCGAUCUACAUCAAAGCUGGGGUGGUCACUAUGCCUGAGUACCUGAAGAAGAGGUUCGGAGGACAGCGCAUUCGUAUUUAUCUCUCUGUGCUCUCCCUCUUCCUCUACGUCUUCACAAAGAUCUCUGCCGACAUGUUCUCUGGUGGCAUUUUCAUCCAGCAGGCUCUUGGACUGAACAUCUACGUUGCUGUUAUCGCUCUAUUGGCGAUUACUGCGCUGUACACCGUCACAGGUGGACUGGCUGCAGUGAUAUAUACAGACACCUUACAAACAAUCAUCAUGGUUAUUGGAUCCUUCAUUCUCAUGGGUUUUGCUUUCAAUGAAGUGGGGGGCUAUGAAAAUUUCGAGACACACUACAUGACUGCAGUUCCCACAAACACCACUAACAUCAGUGCAGAGUGCUACGAGCCUCGGAAAGACGCCUUCCAUCUUUUUAGAGAUCCAGUAAAAGGAGACCUGCCUUGGCCUGGCCUGGUGUUUGGACUCACCAUCCAGGCCACCUGGUACUGGUGCACUGAUCAGGUGAUUGUCCAGCGUUGCCUCUCAGCCAAGAAUCUCUCUCAUGUGAAAGCAGGUUGCAUUUUGUGUGGUUACUUGAAGCUGCUGCCCAUGUUUCUCAUGGUUUUUCCUGGAAUGAUAAGCAGGAUCUUGUAUCCUGAUGUGGUGGCAUGUGUGGUCCCAGAAGAAUGUAAUAAAUACUGUGGAGCUAGCGUUGGAUGCAGCAACAUUGCCUAUCCCAAACUGGUUGUGGAUCUUAUGCCAAAUGGUCUGAGGGGUUUGAUGCUGUCAGUGAUGAUGGCCUCUCUAAUGAGCUCCCUCACUUCAAUAUUUAACAGUGCUAGUACUCUCUUCACCAUGGACAUUUAUACUAAGGUCCGUCCUCGUGCCAAAGAAAGGGAACUGAUGAUUGCUGGCAGGGUGUUCAUUGUGAUCCUUAUUGGAAUAAGCAUUGCCUGGAUUCCUAUAGUGCAGUCAGCCCAGAGUGGUCAGCUCUUUGACUACAUCCAGUCAAUCACCAGCUAUCUCACUCCACCUGUGGCCGCUGUCUUCAUGCUGGGCAUGUUCUGUAAACGAGUUAAUGAAACUGGUGCCUUUUUCGGACUCACAAUUGGCCUAGUAAUAGGAUUAACCAGGAUGAUCACAGAGUUUAUCUAUGGGACAGGGAGCUGUGUUAACCCGAGUGACUGUCCUACCAUCAUCUGUGGAGUGCACUACCUCUACUUUGGGAUGAUCCUGUUCCUUGUCUCUUGUAUCCUCAUACUUGGAAUCUCCCUAAUGACCAAGCCCAUCGAUGACAAGCAUCUGUACCGAUUGUGCUGGAGUCUGAGGAACCGUACAGAGGAAAGAGUGGACAUUGAUCCGGAUGACUGGAUUGGGGAUCAUGAUGACGACGACGACAGUAAAAUUGAUGUAGAAGAACCUAAGAAAAAGCCAAAUUUCUUCAAGAAAAUGCUAAUGUCCUUCUGUGGCCUGGAGGAGAACAAAAAGGCACCAAAACUUACUCCAGAGGAGGAAGCAGAACUGAAGAAGCAGCUAACAGAUACAACAGAGAAGCCUCUCUGGAGGAACAUUGUCAAUGCAAAUGCCGUCAUUCUCCUGUGUGUCGCUGUGUUCUUUCACGGAUACUUUGGUUAGUCAAACCCCAUAAACAUUAAGUGGUCCUGGAUCCUGUAUUUUGCAUGGAUUUAAAUUAUAACAAAACCAUUAACGCUGAUCCUGUGUGCUAUCAUUCUUCCUGUAUUGGCCAACUGGUCUCACAAAGGACACAAAGUGUAUUUUUCUCAAAGCAUCUUCCUUUUCAGUUAACUUUUUCCUGGUAUUUGUAACCUGGAGUGAACCAGUAAAUAAUGUUGUAACAUAUUAACACAUCAAACUUGUUAGGAUGUCCAAAUUCUCACAUAUUUAUUCUGACUUCCAUAUCCUCUUAUCAUAUUUGUACAUAUUACCGUUAUGACCUGGACGGUGUCUUUUUGUUGUGGUGCAAAGAGAGAAGCUCUGUAAUUGAGAACAGCUUAUACAAGUACCUUCAAACUUUCUUUUUAUUUUCCCAUGAAGUUAAAAAAUGUAUUUUUUGGCAAAUAUUCAUUGUGAUACUGCACACAUUAGGCGAUAAUUUGUUUUAUCUGCAGUUCCCUGUCUUUUGUGAAUGAAAAUAUAAACGCCUUUUAUUUUCUUAAGUUUACAGAUAAUUGCUGUUUAUAUCACCAGCUGCUACAUUAAGUCAUUAUGAAACAGGGACAACGUGACAAAAACUAUGUACCUGGAAGAAGUUAGUAAUAUUUAACCAGUAAAGGACAAACGAGAUGGUUGUAAAUUCCCUCAGAAUGUAUGUCUGCUACCUCAUUCAUCGACUUCAGUUGGGUUUUCUCAUAUUGUGUGCUCAAAGUCCACAAGUGCUGCCACUUCUAACAUCCAUACACAUAACAGUGUGUGUUGUUUUAGGUGUUAAUGAAUAAAGCCAUCUCAGGGAGAGAGAGUUAGGAAUUAUUAGAAAGCACUCAGACUCUCUUUGCUUCCACCUAGUGGUGUAAAAAUGAUUUGUAAGUAAAAGAAAAAUGUAAAAUAGA